AUGUCUUUUUUGUUUUUGUUUUACUUUAAACUGUAUCUAUAUUUUCCUUUAUCUUUCUUUCUUUCUUUCUUUCUUUCUUUCUUUCUUUCUUUCUUAUUUACAUUCUUUCUCUUUUCUUUUAUUUCAGAAUUUAUAUUAUUCGUUAUUCUUGCCUUUUUUUUUCUUUACAUUUAUUUUUCUUUCUUUCCUUAUUUUUUUCGUUUUUUUUUUCAUAUCUUUUCACUCAUUCCUCAGAUUUGUUUGCCUAUUUUCCCUCUCUUUCUUUUUAAUUCUCGUUUCCAUUUCUUCAUUUUAUUCUUAUAUUCCUUCUUCAAUUUUAUUCGGAUUUUAUUUCUAUUUUUUUCCUCUUUAACUCUUUUUAACUCUUUCUUUUUCUUUUUUAUAUAUAACAUUUUAGUUCUUCCUUUUUUUCUGGAUAUCCUUCUCUUCAUACAUACGUUUUAUUUAUCUCUUUCUCUUUCUCUUUCUUUCUUUCUUUCUUUCUUUCUUUCUUAUAAUAUCCUACUUUGCAUAUUCUUUAUUCUCAGGAAGUGCUGUUCGUUUUUUUUCCUUAGUUUGUUCCUUCCUUCCUUCCUUCCUUCCUUCCUUCCUUCCUUCCUUCCUUCCUUCCUUUCUUUCCUUCCUUCCUUCCUUCCUUCCUACUUUCCUUCUUCUUUCCCUCAUUCCUUCCUACUUUCCUUCCUCUCAUUCCUCCCUUCCUUUCCUUCUUUCCUUCCUCCCUUCCUCCCUCCCUUCCAUCCAUCCUUCCUCCCUCCCUCCUUCCUUCCUUCCUUUUUUUUCUUUUUUCCUUCCUUCCUUCCUUCCUUCCUUCCUUCCUUCCUUCCUUCCUUCCUUCCUUUCCUUCCUCCUUCCUCCUUUUCUUUCCUUUUUCCCUCCUUCCUUCCUUCCUUCCUUCCUUCCUUCCUCCCUCUUUCCUUCCUUCCUUCCUUCCUUCCUUCUUUUUUCCUUCCUUUUUCUUUCCUUUUUUCCUCCUUCCUUCCUUCCUUCCUUCCUUCCUCCCUCCUUCCUUCCUUCCUUCCUUCUUUCCUUCCUUUCUUCCUUUCCUUCCUUACUUUUUCUUUCCUUUUUCCCUUCUUCCCUCCUUCCCUCCUUCCUUCCUUCCUUCCUUUUUUCUUUCUUUUUCCUUUCUGUUUACAUUUUUCUCAAAAGUCUUAUUGUGACAUUACUUGUCGCCUUCUCUUAGGUAUUAUUUCUCGUAUCUUUCUUUCUUUCUUUCUUUCUUUCUUUCUUUCUUUCUUUCUUUCAUCUUUCUACAACGUUAUUGUCCUUAAUAUACAUUGCUUAUCUUUCUUCUUCUCCUUUCCUCUUUUUCUCAUUGCUUUUUUUUCUGACAUUCUUACUUUACUUUUACCCGAAUCUUAUCUUUUUAUUCAUCUGGCUCAUUCUUACUUUCCGUUUCAUCUUUCUUUGUGUUUCUUUUUCACUUGUCCCAUUAUUUCUACUUCUUUCUACAUCGCUUGUUUUGCCUCUUUGUCUAUCUGUCUAUCUAUCUAUCUAUCUAUAUAUCUAUCUAUCUUAUUACGCUAA